UGGAGAGAAGGAGAGUCCAUGGAAGGGGUUACGGAAGCGAGAGAGCCGAGAUGCCUAGAGAGGCCUGGAAAGACACCCCUCCCUCACCCGCUGCCGUCUCUUACCUCCUCCCCCCUCCCUGCUCGUCUUGGGAGGCUCCUCCGGAUGGAGAGGUCGGUGCGCUCGAGAGGGAUUCUGCGCGCAGGGCGAGGGGAGAGACUCUGAUUCACAAGUCUAAGCACAUCUUGCUAGAAAAAGAAAUACACAGAAACGUGAAGGGGAAAUUGAGAGGAUUUCCUUUCCCCCUACUCGGAAGCAAGCGAUAGAAAGGACAGUCAGAGCAAUCUGUACUUUCAUUAGGAAUCAUGAAUAAACCAUUUCAAUAUAUGGAAUAAACAAUGUGAUUCAGUCAGUGAACACACUUAGUUCACAUCAGUGAACUGAAACAAUGGAGAUACCACUUAAAGGUAUGGAUUGUGGCAAGGACAUCUGUGGGAGUGGUACUCCUACAAAGCAUCAAGGAACUCACACAGGGGGGAAACCAUUUAAAUGCAUGGAGUGUGGAACAUGCUUCCGUCAUAGACAAUCGCUAAGAAGGCAUCAAUAUACUCAUACAGGGGAGAAACCAUAUAAAUGUUUUGAGUGUGGAAAAUGCUUCACACAGAGUGGAAACCUCUAUAUACAUAUGCGAACUCACACGGGGGAGAAACCAUUUAAAUGUAUGGAGUGUGGAAAGAGCUUCCUUUUGAGUAAUCAACUUAAUGCACAUCAUCAAACUCACACGGGUGAGAAACCAUUCAGAUGUAUGGAGUGCGGAAAGAGCUUCUCUCAGAGUGGACAGCUUAAAAGACAUCAGCGAAGUCACACAGGGGAAAAGCCAUUUAAAUGCAUAGAGUGUGGGAAGUGCUUCAUCGAUAGUGGAACACUUCGAAAACAUCAAUGGACUCACACAGGGGGAAAACCAUUUAAAUGCAUAGAGUGUGGAAAGAGCUUCAGUCAGAGUGGAAUCCUUAAAUACCAUCAACGAACUCACACAGGGGAAAAACCAUUUAAAUGCACAGAGUGUGGAAAGAGCUUCUCUCGGAGUGGACACCUUAAAAACCAUCAACGAACUCACACAGGGCAGAAACCAUUUAAAUGUAUAGAGUGUGGAAAGAGCUUCAGUGAUAGUGGAACACUUAGAAGACAUAAGCAAACUCACACAGGGCAGAAACCAUUUGAAUGCAUGGAGUGUGGAACAAGCUUCCGUCAUAGAGAAUCACUAAUAAUGCAUCAAUGUACUCAUACAGGGGGGAAACCAUAUAAAUGUUUUGAGCGUGGAAAGAGCUUCCUUUUGAGUAAUCACCUUAAUGCACAUCAUCAAACUCACACUGGAGAGAAACCAUUCAGAUGUAUGGAGUGCGGAAAGAGCUUCUCUCAGAGUGGACAGCUUAAAAAACAUCAGCGAAGUCACACAGGGGAAAAGCCAUUUAAAUGCAUAGAGUGUGGAAAGAGCUUCAGUCGGAGUGGAAACCUUAGAAAACAUCAAUGGACUCACACAGGGGAGGAACCAUUUAAAUGCAUAGAGUGUGGAAAGAGCUUCACAGAGAGUGGAAUCCUUAAAAAGCAUCAACAAACUCACACAGGAGAAAAACCAUUUAAAUGCAUGGAGUGUGGAAAGAGCUUCAGUCAGCGUGGAAACCUUAAAUACCAUCAACGAACUCACACAGGGGAAAAACCAUUUAAAUGCAUAGAGUGUGGAAAGAGCUUCAGUCAGAGUGGAUACCUUAAAUACCAUCAACGAACUCACACAGGGGAAAAACCAUUUAAAUGCAUAGAGUGUGGAAAGAGCUUCUCUUUGAGUGGACACCUUAAAAACCAUCAACAAACUCAUACAGGGCAGAAACCAUUUAAAUGCAUGGAUUGUGGGAGAAGCUUCACUAGAAGUGGAACGCUUAGAAGACAUCAACGAAUUCACACAGGGCAGAAACCAUUUGAAUGCAAGGAGUGUGGAAAAUGCUUCCGUCAUACACAUUCGCUAAGAAUGCAUCAAUUUUCUCAUACAGGAGAGAAACCAUAUAAAUGCAUGGAGUGUGGAAAAUGUUUCGGUCAGAGUUCGAGCCUUAAUGCACAUCUACAAAUUCACACAAGUGAGAAACCUUUUAAAUGCAUGGAAUGUGGGGGAAGCUUCACUAGAAGUAGAACGCUUAGAAGACAUCAGCAAACUCACAGGGAGAAAACAAUUUAAAUGUAUGUUUGGUUGCAGAAUAAAUCCAGGCAUAUCUGGAGGAUAUGGACCAUUUGGACUGCAUUUCUUCCAGUUGAGUGUCAGGCCCUGCCAUCAGACUGAGACCACCUUGUUGGCACUGGUUGAUUAUCUCUGGCAGGCGAGGGACAAAGGUAAAAGCUGUUUCCUGGUUCUGCUGGAUCUCUCAGUUUCUUUUAAUGCCAUUGACCACGGUAUCUGGUUACCGAUUUGUGAUAAAAAUAUAUACCUUACCCAAUUCGUUGAGAGUAAAGCUUUACUGGUCAGGUUGGCAGCCGUUGAACCACGAGUAUUAUUUACAAACUCCUCCAGUCAUCGUGCGCACAAAGUCCCCACACCUCUCACCUCUCGGCUUCACCUCUCAGAAGUCAAGAUAGAGUGAUCUGAAUUAACCCAGAAAGCGCCACCUCAUUUCCCCAAUGCCACCUCUGCUUUGCAAAAUACAUUCCCAAUAAAAUGACAUUGUAAAUAUUAACAUAUCCUCAUGGAUGCUCUAGGAGGGUUGGGAGUUAGGGGCAGGGUUAAGCAGUGGUUCCACUCCUUCCUCCUGGGCCGUGCGCAGAAAGUGGUGUUGGGGGUUGAGCGUUUCAGAGCUUUG